UUUUUAUUAAAUAAAAUUUUAUUUCUUUAUUUUAUUUUAUUUAUUAUGGCAAUUAUAGAAGAAAUCAUUCAGGAUAAACCAGGUAUGUUUCUGUUGUUCUCUCUAUUUCACAUGCACUCAUUUCAUGAGAUAGUAGAAGCAGAUCAAGAUGGAGAUGUCUUUUAUGACAGUACAGACUAUCAGACAGAAGAACUACAAGUAAGACACACGUAGAAAAUGCAUCUGAUAAAACUCGAUUAGCAACUAUUGAAAGAAGCAGCUGAAUACAAGUCCAAAGGCAACACAUUGUUUGCUCAAGCAGAAUACAAAAAAGCCAUUGAAGAAUACGAAAACGCGCUCAUGACUUGUCCUGCUUCUCAAAACAAAGAGCGUGCUGUUUACUUUGGUAAUAUCGCAGCAUGUCAUCUCAAGCUAGAAGCCUAUAAGGAUGCACGUGACAUGUGCACCCAAUCACUCCAAUUGGAUCCACACUAUCUAAAAGCCUUACUUCGUCGUGCUCAAGCCAAUGAGAAACUAGGGACAUCCAGUGCUUUAUCAGACGCAUUAACAGACUAUCAAAAACUAAGCGCCAUGGCUACUGACACCUAUACCCUUCAAGCAUGUAAAAGAGCACAACAAACACUCCCUUCUCGUAUUCAACAAAAAGCAGAACAAGAAAAAGAAGAAAUGAUGAGCAAACUAAAGGAUUUAGGCAAUACCUUGUUGGGUAAAUUUGGUUUAUCUACCGAUAAUUUUCAAUUUACGCCUGAUGCUAAAGGUGGUUACAGCAUGAAUUUUGUAAAUAAAUGAAGAUUUAUUAUUAUUAAAG